AGACAAUGCAGUUCACGAUAAACAAAGAAUAUGCCAAAGCAUACAAUGAAUUUCGGAAGAAGGAAGAACUUCAGAAAUUAAAGGAUCGACAUGGUGAUAUAAAGUUGUCAAAUAAGCGGAAACACUCGGCGAAGGACGUGUCGAAAGAAACCGAUGACGAGAGGUCAGAAGAAGAUGAAUCGAUGGAGUCCUCUUCGGAUUCUGAUGAUGAGGAAGAAAGCAGCACAGAAGAACGUGAACACGAGGAUUUUCUGCGUUUGUACGAUGCACUUUGCCGGAACGAUCCAGCGCUAGAUGAUCCAAGCAAAAAAUGGUUUCAUGACGAGGAUGAGGAUGAGGUUGAAGAAGAGCAAUCGAAUGGAUCAGCUGCGGAAGGUCCUUCAAAAACGGUGUCUGCUCCUGCAGCCGGGAAAACGAAACAUCAGAGGAAGUCAAAGGAUCACAGACCUGUCACCCUCCGUGAUCAUGAACGCCAGUUUCUCCUAGAGCAUGGUGGAGUGGAGGAUGAGGCAGUGGCCGCCGAUGCAGACCGAAUUGCAAAGUUGGAGAGUGAUGAUGUUCUUAACAAGUUGUCACACUCGGAAGCGGAUGCUUCCAAGGCCAAAUUCUUAGAGGCUUCCGAAGCAGCCCUGCGACAAACAGAGGAAUUAUCGGACAAUGAAGAUACACCCCGAAAGCAAUCCAGGCAGCUUGGUUUCCUGAGACGUCGUAAGCUGCCAGAAACCGAGGACCAUGCGAAGCCAUCCAUUGAUACUGAGAAUCUUCGAUUCACAGACGGUAGUGGGAACAACGAGUCGGAAGCGUUCCUACGUGACUUCAUCGUCAAUCAGCGUUGGAAGAGACGACAGGAACAACGAUUGCCCACCUACUCCGAGGUGUUGCGUAAUGCAGACCUGGGCGAAAAAGACGAUGAGGACAAUGUGGUGGGUGACGAGUCCCCGUCCACCGUCUUUAACCGACUCAACGAUGACAACAUUCUGGAUGAGGAUGACGACUUUUUGGUCCGAGUUCGCGACUUUGAACGGGAAAAGCAAACGUCCGGUGCGACAAUCUUAUCGUUGAAAACCCAGGUGCCAAAGCAUCGGUUUGAAGAAGAGGAUAAGGAGUAUCUCAAAUCAUAUCCUCGGAAGAUCACCACCAGUCUGCAUCAGUCUACCACACAUGAGGGUCGCUCAGUCCGAUCCAUGAAGCGAGAAGCACGCCGAGCCCGUAAACUGGAACAGAAGCAAGCCAAACUGGCGGAGUUGGCACGCUUGCGCAGACUGAAACUAGCCCUCCUGGCUGACAAAAUUGAACGCAUCAAGAGAUCGUGCGGAUCCGGUAGCGACCUGUUGGCAUGUGAUUUAGAAAAACUCAAAGAGCAGGCAGUUGUCGGAGAAAAUGAAGCCGAAGUUGACAUUGGUGAAACGGCACUUGAUCUAGCGGAACAUCUAGAUGAGGAUUGGGACCCGGAGAAACAUGACCGACUGGUCGAACGUAUGUUCAAUGAUUCGUACUACCAGGCCGCGGAGAAUGAUGCCGAGCUGCCUCGAUUUUCCGACGCCAGUGAUUUGGAUUCGGAUCAUGUGUUUGAAGAUGGCGUUGUUGAGGACGCAGAACCUUCUCAAAAGAAACGGAAGAAACGCGAACAGCAUGCCUCAACUUCCAGUUUGGGACCGAUGUACAACGACCCCCACAUGGAAGAAAAAGAGAUAGAAGACGGUGACGUAACCGAGAAACGCCUUCGACGCCGACUACGUGGCAAAGCACGGCUACGGCGGGCCUUGAAGCGACAAAAGGCACCGUACGAUCCCGCGGUCGAUGAAGACUAUGAACAUUACUUGGACAAACAUUACAAACUCACUUGUGAAGAUGUGAUACCCGGACCGAAUCCGGACGAGGACCUCUUCUGUCGAUUCAGUUACCGCCAAGUAACGCCAAACGACUACGGUCUCACGACCGAGGAAGUGUUGACCGCCACAACAGGGGAACUUAAUUCCUGGGUCCCUAUCAAUCGAGUUACUGCGUACCGGACAGAAGAGGAGGAACAACGUGAUCUUCGUGUGUAUCAUUCAAACAAAAAACUGGAGAAAAAAGCUAGAGUGAUUGCCUCACUCUGCAAUCCCGAUGCCCAUUGGUGGCCCGACGGUAAUCCCUCAGCAUCCAACAAACUGUCUAAGAAACGAAAGCGCUCCAAGAAGAAACGCGCCCGGGACGCGGCACGUGCGCAGCUGGACGAAACCACCGAGAAGCCGGUUGCAAACGGAUCGACGUUUGAACCAAACGAGUCGGAACACGAUUCAAAUGUGAAGAGACAAAAGGUCAAGCGAUCCCGGAAACUGAAGGGUGUCACCAUCUCGCAGAGUCGGUUAGCAGCUUGUAAUAUCACUCCGAAGGAUGUCUAUCGUCUUAUGAAGCGUUCCAAGGACGAAAAUUCACAUAAUCCCACCGCAUGUUAGACUGACUUAUUGGACACGCAAUAUCUGUACAGUUGCACAAACAGAGUUUUCUAAAUGGCUU